AGACAACCUAACAGCAGCGCUGAACUCCCCGAACUCCGAAAUGUCCACUCGUUUAUAACCAGUCGUCUUCAAGUCCAAGGCUCCAGCAUCCAAGAUCCCAUCACCAGCACAUCCCAAGAACCCAGAGAUCCAAGCGCUGAGCCACGGCGUGUCAAUGGCAGCGGCGGCAGGAGGAGACGAGGUGAAGCUGCUAGGCGUGUGGGACAGCCCGUUCGUGAACAGGGUGCAGAUCGUGCUCAACCUCAAGGGGAUCAGCUACCAGUACGUCGAGGAAGACCUCCAGAACAAGGGCGAGCUCCUCCUCGCCUCCAACCCCGUGCACAAGAAGGUGCCCGUCCUCAUCCACAACGGCAAGCCCAUCCCGGAGUCGCAGGUCAUCGUGCAGUACAUCGACGAGGUCUGGAGAGGCGCCGGCCCGAGCGUCCUCCCCGCCGGCCCGCACGAGCGCGCCACCGCCCGGUUCUGGGCCGCCUACGUCGACGACAAGGUUGGGUCGCCGUGGUUCACCAUCCUGUUCGCCCGCAAGACCGAGGAGAAGAUGGAGGCGGCUGUACGGGCCAUCUCGGCGAUGGAGACGCUGGAAGGCGCGUUCGGGGAAUGCUCCGGUGGGAAGCCGUUCUUCGGCGGCGACGGCAUCGGGUUCGUCGACGUUGUGCUCGGCAGCUACCUGGGCUGGUUCGUGGUGAUCGAGAAGAUGAUCGGGAUCAAGCUCCUGGACGCGGCGAGGACGCCGGCCCUGGCCGCGUGGGCUCAGCGGUUCAGGAUGGCGGAUGCGGUGAAGGGUGUCUUGCCUGAAGAUGUCGACAAGGUGCUCGAGUUUUUGCAGACGUUCCUUGAUUAGGUGCGUGGAAGCGCUGUCAGCGGUUUGGACUUUCGAUUAUUAAUUUUCGAGGAAAUUUGGACUUUCGAUUUGUUUCUUUUCAAAUGUGGGGUUGUAAUGGGCCAUCGCUUAUUUCAGGGCCAACAAAAAGGAUUUAAUAAAAGAUGGCCUCAAAUUAUUAACUUUUAAACAA